CUGAUCCACGAGAAGAGAUGUCCAACCUCUCACCAGGACAGGAUUCAUAGUCGUGACGAAGCGUGACUAAUCGGGCUCGAACGGGUGACACUGCGAACGUCGAACGGACGAAAUAACAGUGCUGAGCGUACGCAAUAUUGUCGCAGUCUUUCAUACUAGACUCCGGGGACGGGCUGAAUAGCUGAUGCCUUGACUGUCUCUCCGGUGUGAACCUCAUUUGGUAUCUUCGUGGUAUCAUGAGCGUGCCUCGCCUGGCAGUUCGACGUUCAACGCUUACUGUCGUUGAAUCCUUCACUAUGCCAGUGCUGGCUAGCUCUAUGUUACUGGUGGUCUGGCGAGAUCAUCAGCUUCAAAAUCUGAUGUCCUGACGUGGAGAUACACAGGUGACCAGAGCGACAUCGACAGCACGUAUGCACUUUACUUCCCAUCGCACGAAAGUUCAUGACUGCCAAGCGAUCGAGAUCGAUUUAGGUAUGUUCGUGUUGAAAUGAUCUGGGAAUGUCACCGACUUCCGCAGGGGAUAUUCAGCACGGACGAGUAUCUGGUUGGCCUGCGCCUGUUCCGAGGGACGGAGUGUUGUGCAGGCGUCGAGACCAUGUUCUUCCUCGACAUCAUGUACACGAUGCUCGGCGACGGCCGUCUGGCUCGACCUCACCGAAAGGAUCGCAUGCAACGCCAUGCCCGAAUGCGGGUGUGACCCUCGGUGGGCGCAACAGUACCUGCACCAGACAAAUCAGAUCUGGUCGGCACUAUCACUCCGCAGGAGCGCCUUGAACAGGCAACUUGUACAGCAACGUGAAUGGGCGAGGAGUAUGAUCAACCCACCCGCGGGGCUGGCCCAGGUUUUGAAGCAACAGUCUCCUGCUAGCUGAGAACUGCUCCAUGCUCGUGCAUGCACUGCAUGGACCUGCGAGGUUAUCCACGGAGCCUGUUGACGACAUGCGCAGGAGUGGUGAACGUUCGUGUACGUUGACUACCAGUCAUAGGUUGAGAGACACCCUAUACCCAUUCGGUUAUAUUCUGACCUACAGUAUCAUAUCCUCCGGCCCAUUCAUGUUC